AUGGAGUCGACAGCACAGCAAGGAAAAGGGAAAGUCAUGUUUCCAAGAAGGCACUACUUUGAAGUCAACGAUCAGCCAUGGUUCCCACAAUAUCUCAGGGAAAAAGUCCAAGACUAUCUGACCCUGGGCUGGAUCAACCGAUUCCCCAUUAUCCAAACCACCUCUCCCGCCGUCCUCGUUUCUCGCGUCCUCUCCUCUGUCCUCGGUCCCCGAGUGUCGGACUAUGUCUACGUGGAUUUUGCUUCUGGAGCAGGUGGACCAACCCCCUAUAUCGAGAGCCAUCUCAACAAGGAACUCCGUGACGCCGGUGAACGCGUCAAGUUCGUCCUCACCGACAUUAGUCCGCAUGUUAGUGCGUGGGAGGCCAUAGCGAAGAAGAGUGCCAAUAUCAGCUACAUAGCACAGAGUGUGGACGCCACCAAUGCUCCCACCGCCGAGACACUGCUCAGGGAUGUGUCUGGGGGGAUAAACAAGAAGGUCAUGAGACUGUUUAGCCUGGCUUUCCACCAUUUCGACGACGAUCUUGCUGCACAAGUUCUGGAAAAUACAAUUGAGACCUCAGAUGGAUUUUGCAUUUUCGAACUCCAGUCGCGCCAUUUCAGCUCAUUCGUUCUCGUCAGCCUCCUGUGGCCACUCGCCAUGCUCAUAACGCCGUUCUAUUUCCUGCAUUCUCCCGGUCACCUCUUUUUUACUUACCUCGUGCCCAUAGUCCCUUUCAUAUGGGUAUAUGAUGGCUACAUCUCUUGUCUGCGAACGAGGACGCCGGACGAAGUGCAAAGCCUAUUACUCAGUCGCGUGUCGACCGAGAAGCUGACGGGCUGGAAGUUCAAGAGUGGACAGACAUGCCAUACCUGGCCCAUUGGCUGGCUCAAUUGGAUCAUAUGCUACAGGGGCGAUUAA